GCUGUAGGCACCGGGAGGCGGGUGCGACGCGCGCGGGUCGGUUAAACCGGCGCGACGGCGGCGCGAGCGGCUGAUUGCGGUGCGCGUUCGCUUUCCUGCGCCGGUCCGCUGCGCGCCGAUUCGUGAGGGCUCCUCCUGCUCCGCGCUCGUGGAACGGCAACCAUGAGUGACCGAAAGGCAGUGAUCAAAAACGCGGACAUGUCGGAGGAGAUGCAGCAGGACGCUGUGGAGUGCGCUACGCAGGCACUGGAGAAAUACAACAUCGAGAAGGACAUCGCAGCGCACAUCAAGAAGGAAUUUGACAAGAAAUACAAUCCUACUUGGCACUGCAUCGUGGGAAGGAACUUUGGCAGCUACGUGACUCAUGAGACCAAACACUUCAUCUACUUCUACCUCGGCCAAGUCGCUAUUCUUCUCUUCAAGUCUGGUUAGAACCAUGGACUCUCUCUGACACUGCAUCUGGCUGCAGGACUGCUGGCUCCUGUGCCCAGUUCCUUCAGCCUUCUUGAGGACGCAGACCUUGAUCUUCGAGGGCAAUGGCAGGGAUCAUGAUAUAGCAGAAGGUGUUACGUUGUGGAUAUGAAAAUGAAAAAUACCAAAAAAAAGUCUUCCUUAUAUUUAUUUUUUUCUAAAAAGGCUUCAUUUUUGCUAGUAGAGCUGUUGGAGGAGUGUGGCCUUUAAGAGUUCUCUGCCAUCUGCAGUAUCAGCCCAUUAAUGCUUAUGCUCUGUGAGUACCGACGGUGUUCAGUUCCAAAGCUCUCCCUUUCCUUUCUGAUUCUCUCGUACUGUUGGAUAUACUGACAGCUGUACUGUUGCAGAGCCUGAGCUGUUUCUUUUUCUGCUGAUGCCUCUUGGAGAUUUGAUUUGGAAAAUAAACGUCGAGAUCCAUCCG